CGUUGGUUUGUUUUGCAAUCCGCGUACGAUUUGAUAGAGAACGCUUGUCAAACAGCCUCGUCGCAGUUGGCGAAUGUGCUGAGGCAAUUGUGCGCACUGGUGGUGUACAGUGAGGCAUUGCAGGUCGCAGGGGACUUGUUGAGGUUUACCACCAUGUCCGAGAAUGACAUCGUAAAGUUGCAGCAAAAAUACGAAAUGACACUUGCUGCCCUGCGCCCAAAUGCGGUCGGAGUGGUGGAUGCGUUCGACUAUCCAGACUAUGUUCUUGGAUCUGCACUGGGUGCCUACGAUGGCAAUGUGUACGAACGCCUGUUCGAGGAAGCGAUGAAAAGUCCUUUAAACCAGGAACCGGUCAACAGAACAUUUGAGUUGUACCUGAAGCCUCUCAUGAGAUCAAGACUGUAAUAUAAAUAGUUGAUGUUUGGGUGGCAGGGAUUUGGGUGCAAUUAAAUUGGUGUAGUUGGUUAUUGGUUUGUAACAACUUGUUGUAGACUAAUUAAUAGUGGAAUUAAAUGGUUUUUAUUUUUGU